GCCCUCGCCCAGCACGCACACGAAAGGCGGUAGACGGCAGACCCGUCAUAGGGGCCGCCGCCGCCAUGAUCGCCGGGCACCGAGCACAGGAAUAAAAAGUUGAAGGCGCAGUGGGGAGUGACAACGACAACCACCUGGAGUGGCCAAUACUGACGUGAAAAUGGCUACGAAACCAAAGGAAAUCUCGCUGAAGACGAUCAAGGACGCAAUUCCGGCGAAAUGCUUUCAGCCAUCGGUCACCAGGACCUGCGCGCACAUCGCUCUUGAUUUGACCCUCGCGAGCGGCCUCGUUCUGGGUGUCUUCGCCAUCACAGCACGAGUAGAAGAUUGGUGGCUGCGCUCUCUCGUAUGGGCGGGAUAUGGCUAUCUUCAAGGGCUCAUGUUCACAGGCAUCUGGAUUCUGGCGCAUGAAUGCGGACAUGGCGCUUUGUUCACUUCAAAUUGGGCCAACGACUCCGUAGGCUUCGUACUGCACACUGUCCUCGGCGUUCCGUACUUCUCCUGGAAAUAUGCCCACGCACGCCACCAUCGGUACACGAACCACAUGGAAAAGGACACCGCUUUCGUGCCUUCUCGAGGAACGGAUCCAACGAUUUCUGAGAAGAUAGCUGCCAUGCUCCAUCUUGCUGAGGAUGCGCCUCUUUUCACAGCCGGCACUCUUCUUCUUCACCAGCUGCUCGGUUGGCAAGCGUACAUCCUGACCUAUGCCAGCGGCGGCAGCAAAUCGACUCCUCGGGCUCCAGAGAACAGACUAGGCGAUACGAAUCUUCUGAACCCUUCCGCCUGUAUCUGGACUCCUUCACAGCGAUUCUUUGUUGGCCUGUCCACCUUCGGCUUGGCUGCUGUUGUCUUCGGACUGAAGAUGAUUGCCGACAUCACCAGCUGGUCGACUGUGUUUCUGCUUUAUGGUGUGCCAUAUCUCUGGGUGAACCAUUGGCUCGUUGCAAUCACCUUCCUGCACCACACGCAUCCGGAUGUGCCUCACUUCGAGGAUUCUACCUGGACGUACACAAAAGGUGCUCUGUCGACUGUGGAUCGCGAGUUCGGGUUCAUUGGCCGCUACAUUUUUCACGGGAUUAUUGAGCACCACGUUGUACACCACCUGUUUACCUCAAUACCAUUCUACCACGCGGGGGAAGCGACCAAAGCCAUUCAAGGCGUUCUCGGGAACUCUUAUCAUCGGGACGAGACUCCGUUCUUGCUUGCUCUGUGGAGAACAUUCAAGAGGUGUAGGAAAGUCGAAGCUUCCAAAUCUGUUCCUGGCGAAGUACACUGGAAGCCCGCGCGGGUGGGUCUCCGAGAUUCAUGAUCGAGAAUGGAUUACUGGCAUGGAAAUAAGUGGUCACAAGUGUGGCAUCUAGAGCGGAGGUCACGUUCGCAUGAUCGAUAUCGUGAUAACUCAAGACUCUUAACCUACGAUCUGCCUGAUCGCCUGAUUGGGAAUCUGGAAAAGACAGGUCAAUGCAAACCCGUGGUUAACUCCAAGGCCGGAAAGCACGUUCGACUGCACAGAUCAGGACUCUGCGCUGUUACAUCACCGCUGUGGCAUGAGAACCUACUGAUGAUAGAAAAUAGAAAAGACUUUAUAGAUGGAACACUCCGUAUACCGUAUGCUACCCCCAGAAAAUCUUCGCCAACUUGGUCACAUC